CACCACCGGCACCACCAGCCCCGGCGGAAUUAAUUGAAUGGCGGCGGAAUUAAAGCUUGCAGUCCUUCGCGUCACAUGCCAAGAGCUUCAGGACACCUUGCUUCAACCCUCUUUUGUCUCCGCGCUGACCCUCUUCCUUUUUCUUACUUCUGGUGAUGCAUCGCUACUAUUAGCGCCCCUCGAUCGCCUCGCAUAUCCUCCCCAUCCGCCAUGAUGCUGCAGCCCAGUUCAGCGUUGCUUCUCGUCGCGUCGCUUCUGGCGGCCCUGCCCGUCAACGCCGAUGGAUUGUAUACGAAGAAAUCCCCGGUUCUGCAGGUCAACCACAAGACCUACGACCAGCUCAUUGCCAACUCCAAUCACGCCUCGAUCGUAGAAUUCUACGCUCCCUGGUGCGGCCAUUGCCAGAACCUCAAACCCGCCUACGAGAAAGCCGCAAAGAACCUAGAUGGACUGGCCAAGGUCGCGGCCGUGAACUGCGACGAGGAUGCGAACAAACCCCUCUGCGGCCGCAUGGGCGUCCAGGGCUUCCCUACCCUCAAGAUCGUCACCCCCGGCAAGAAACCCGGAAAGCCCCGCGUCGAGGACUACAAGGGCGCCCGGAGCACCAAAGCCAUCGUCGAAGCUGUUGUCGACAGAAUCCCCAACCACGUGAAGCGCGCCACGGACAAGGACCUGGACACCUGGCUCGCGCAGGAUGAGGAGUCCCCCAAGGCCAUCCUCUUCACGGAGAAAGGCACAACCAGCCCUCUCAUUCGCGCCCUUGCCAUUGACUUCCUCGGCUCCAUUCAAGUCGCUCAAGUCCGCAACAAGGAGUCCGAAGCCGUCGAGAAAUUUGGCAUCACCGAGUUCCCUACCCUCGUCCUACUCCCCGGAGGCGGCCAAGACCCCAUUGUCUACGACGGCGAACUGAAGAAGGCACCCAUGGUCGAGUUCCUCAGCCAAGUCGCUGCCCCUAACCCGGAUCCCGCCCCCAAAUCCGCCACCCCUCGCGAUACCCAGAAACCCACCGAGUCUCCUGACCCGAAGGUCGUUCCAGACGACGCCAAGGAAGCCAAACCCGCCAGCGUCCCCAUCCCGGCUCCUCCCAUCGAUACUCUUCCCACCGCAGAGGCUCUCGAGGCCGCCUGCUUGACUCCCAAAUCCGCCACCUGUGUUCUGGCCUUCCUCCCCGAACCGACUGAGCCGGACGCGGACCUCCCCAGUCCAGCAAAGGAUGCCCUUCUCAGCUUGUCCGAGAUCUCUCACAAGUACUCCAUCCGUCGGCACAAAGUCUUCCCGUUCUACAGCGUCCCUGCCAUUAACAGCGGAGCUCAGACCCUUCGCGCUGCACUCGGCCUGCCCGAAGACCAGACCUCCGUGGAGAUCAUUGCUCUCAGCGGACGUCGAGGCUGGUGGCGGAGGUAUGACUCUGCCGAGGGUGCCGAGUACGACCAGGAACGGGUCGAGGCGUGGAUCGAUGCCGUGAGACUGGGUGAAGGCGAGAAAGAGAAGUUGCCGGAGGGCAUUGUCAUCGAAGAGAAGGUCGAAGAGAAGGUCGAAGAGAAGCCAACGGCCGACCACGACGAACUGUAAAAUAUCCCACAUGCAUGAGCGUUGUGCAUGAUUUGUUGUUGUUAUUAGCCAAGGUGUUAUUUAGGUAAAAGACCAACUGAAGAGUAUUUUGGAAUGGAAAACUCCUAGCU